GAAAUGUUUCACUUCUCAGCAGUUUACCAUGCAAAACUGAUGAAGAGCAUCCGUUCUAUGGGCUAUUAAUAAACUUUAUCAUUACUAGUUCCAUAACUGUGAUAUAUUCUUACGUUCAGUUCACUUAUUUCUAGUGUGAAUACGCCACUUUAAUGGUGACGGUGUAUUCCGUUCCGUUCUGUGUGAAUCGACCUCAAGAUAUAUCAUGAUUCUUUUUUUCGCGUAGCAAAUGACAACAAUAUAUUUCCUGGCUAUCAAAACAUCAAACAAGUGCCUGCCAUAACUGUUUCGUUAAGGAGACGAAUAAGUGCGGUUUCGUUCCACCGUAGAGUCAAGUUUUCUGUAUUUGAGAUGUGUAUAAGAACUGUCAACUACAACAUUGCCGUUGCAUAUAUGCACGGAAUUGCUGGAUGAGUACACCUUCAAGAGUGCUCAAUUUUUCAGAUUACGUCACAGAUAAGUCAAAUCGAGUGGAACCUGCUUAAAAGAAAACUAUGACCAAGCAGUCAGAUAAUUAGAAACGAAAGCGCCUAACAUUAAUAGUUAUUAACAAAAUUAUAUGUGCAAUGGCAGAACGCUUGGACAGUGAUAUGUGUGGACAGUUGGCCGAGAAUGUUGAAAUAUUAACCCACAGUGGCCAGAAAACAUUGGACGAAUCAAAGCUUAAGAAAAUUAAACAGAUAUGCAAAUCAUUGUACCUUUUGAACUGCAGUGGAUUAUGUACAACAGACUUCAUGAAGGAAUUUUUUAAGUUAAGCUAUGAAACAGUAAUCAGAAUGCCCAACUCCUUAAACAGUUGUCUACAAGGUGAUCGUGGGUUGUCAAAUGGCUAUGUGAAACAUACAUAUCAUUUACUGUUGUGCCAGCUUGAGAAGCAGCAUUCAGAGGUUCGGUUUAGUGCAUUCCAAAUUUGUGAUGUACUUUUCAGGAGGUCUCACUGCUUUCGGGAACUGCUUGUGUCAGAAAUGCAGCGGGUCUUGGAGCUUGCCGCUGAAACAAAUCCUGACAAGCCUUUGCCAAUGCCAAAAACUGUAGCCAAAGAUUUAAAGCUUUUUGCAUUGAGAACAAUCCAACAAUGGAACAAGGAAUUUGGGAGUGGUUACAAGAAGUUGCAGCUUGGAUUCAAUUUCUUAAAAAAUUGUAAGAAGGUUGAUUUUGAUACAUUGGAGGCUCAAAGCAAUGCAGAAAGGUUGCGGCAGGAAGAAGAAGAACGCCGAAAAAAUGUUCAAAGUAACAAAAAACUGAAAGCUGUUGCUCAGGAAUACUCUGAUAUGAAGACUGAUAUCUCCGAUACAAUAACAGCUUUAGACAACUGCAUCUCAUUGAUUUUACCUGAACCAGAAAAUUUUUUUAUAAAUGAAGACAAGGAAACUGAUUCUAGCUUUGCAUUGGCACCACAAGAAAGCAUCAAGAACAGUGACUUGAAGAAACCAAUCUUGCCACAAAACUAUACAGAUGAGGAAGGUUGCUAUAACAAUGAACACAGAGCUCAUGGUCUACUUAGUGGAAACUACAAAAUAGAAGUUGAAUUAAAACCAGAUAUUGUAAUCAAUGAAACUUCAGAGAAUGCAGCAAUUUUUGAGAAUGCAAAAGGAUUCUGGCAGCUUAUUAAUAACAGAUACUUGCCUGCUGUUAAAAAUUGGAUAAAAGUCAUCACUAAAUACUCAGGAAGUACUCAGCACUUAAAGGAAAUUAUAGAUCUUAAGCAACGUUUAGAAGCUGUACUUAAUAAAUGGUCAGAACUUAAAACAAAUUUGAAAUCUGUGAGUGAUACUGAUGAAAGUGAUUCUGAUCUUGAAGAAGUUGAAGAGAAAGAAGGUUAUGAAGAAACGGUGAAGGAUCAGACACUAAGUGAAUUAAAUUUUGAAUUAAAAAAUGAUGUAAAAAGUACUGUUACAAUAUCUAAAAGGAAGGCUGGUGACUGGAAUAUAUUACAAGAGGACUAUGAGGAGGAUCCUACCACAGCAAAAUCAACCCUAGUUACAUUAAAUAAGGCCACUGGAAAUACCAUGCUGGCUGGCAAGCCUCAAGCAAAUAAGAAGAAGAAAAGUGGCACUAUUCAAGAUGCUAAACCUUGCACUUCAACGUCAAAAGAUAAUGCACAGUCUGUAACUUCAUAUGACGUUACACAACCAUCAACAUCGGGUGGUGCCACAGAAAGCCAGUCUCGGAAGCAGCGGCUGUUAGAAGUUGCUCCUAAGCUUCCUUUUGAUGUUGACUUGUAUCACUGGGAGGAUGAGAAUGUUGCAGUACCAACCAUGUUCUGUGUGAAACCAGAUGGAGCAAGAUUUUGGUCAGCAACUUCAACUGAUGAACUCGAAGAGAUACCAGUGCCAGAAGGUGCUGCCACCUUACGUACACGUGUAAUAGAGUUCACAGGAAAGUAUGAACCUGUGAAAUGGGCUUGCAGAGCACCCCUUCCCACUGGAAAGCUCUGUCCAAGAAGAGAUAGAUACAAGUGUCCAUUCCACGGACCAAUAGUGCCUCGGGAUGAAAAGGGUCAGCGCACAGAUGGUCAGCCUGAUGAAAAAUCAGAAGCUAAUACUGAUGACACCAAUAAGAAUGUUCCUGAUUGGCAAGACCCGCAGCUUCUUGAAGACAUUAAGGAGGCAACAGGGAUUGAUCUUAAAAUGCCAGAGAAGCGAAAAAAACAGAGCACGAAAAAAGAAAGGAAAAAGAAAUUUCCUGGCCUAACUGAUAUAAGUGAAAAACGAAAGUCUUCAUAUGAGCGCCUUUCAAGGAAGAUUUUUAAGAAGUCUUCAAUGAAGAAAGUCGCGAAGGCCUUGGAUCAGCUGGAUCAUAAACGUUUUCGUGACAAAUAUGGUGAUCAGUUUCAUUACAUGUAUGGCACUGCCUGAAAAAAGAUGGCAUAUUAUUGAAGAAAAUAAAUAGUUUUAGAACUUCA